AGACUUUAAAUUUCCACCUUAGUGUGGAAAUUAAAUAUUUCUCGCCAAGAUGAAAGGUUCAUUUCGUUAAACGACGGUGUUAACUUCGUUGCGGCCUCCCUGCUUGCGCCAUGUUCGUGUCAUGUGUGCCCGCUAUUUUGGCAGUGACUUAUUUUCCUUUCUUGACUCUUCUUGGAUCAAUUGACCUUGUUUAUGGUGAUCCUAUGUACCGUCAAGAAUGUCCGUGUCACCGAGGAUGGGUCGCCUGCCCAAAAAGUAUGACAGCUGUGUCAUCCAUAUCGCGGGCAGGUCGUAAUCGUGGAAAGCUGCAGAAUGCCGCACGAGGAAAUGAUUGCCUCUGUGUCCCCCUUGCGUACCGAUGCAAUGACGGAUUUGACUGCCUUGAGGGAGAGGAUGAAAGGGAAUGUUCGCAUAACUCUUGUAUGCGCGAUCAGUUCCAGUGUUACAGGUCUGGAGAUUGCAUUAAUUCAGCAUAUGUUUGCGAUGGUUACCCUGACUGCAAAGACGGCAGUGAUGAAGCAUGCGGUAUGGAUCCACCCAUGUUUUUGGAUGUAUCGCAAGUUGACGAAAGGUUUCAUUUUCAGACGCUUACAGAGGAAAAAAUUGUCAAGAAGGAUUGCUGCGGUGUAGUAAUGGACAAUGCAUUCAGUCACGCUGGGCUUGUGACGGAGAUGACGAUUGUGGGGAUUACAGUGACGAAAAAAACUGUUCAAGGGAUGCUUCUUGUGGUCCUGAUCAGUUCCGGUGUAAGGAUGGAAGCUGCAUUGAUUCCUCAUGGGUUUGCGAUGGUUUCUCCGACUGCGCAGACGCAUCUGACGAAGACCAGUGCAGUAACCUCUGGAUCACGGAAUUGCACCACUGGACAAUUCAGCUGUGAUGAUGUCCCUCAUUGCCUAAGUGAAGAUAGAAAGUGCGACGGAAUCGUUGAUUGUCCACAAGGAAGUGAUGAGGUUGACUGUGCGAAGCAUCACAACUGUUUCAGGUGCGGAAAUAAGUGUGUUGACUGGAGAUGGGUUUGCGACGGGGAAUACGACUGUCCUGACGGAUCUGACGAGUCGCCUUCCUGCGAAAGUACUCAGUCUAACAUAGGGUGCCUUCUUCCUGUGGAUGAAAGUUACAGAUGCAAAUCCGGUGACUGCAUUGAGUGGAAGUUCCGAUGCGAUGGAGAAAUCGACUGCGAAGAUGGAGACGAUGAGCAAGGUUGUCACAGUGAAUGUCCUGAAGACCACUUUCGGUGCUCGAUCGCGAAUAAGGAUCAGAAUAUGUGCCAUCCCAUGGACAGACUUUGUAAUAAUCUUGCGGAUUGUCCGGAUGGAGAAGACGAAUUAUCAUGUCCAUCUCGUGGGGAAUGCGCAAAAGCACAAUGCAGUGAUCGUUGUGUCAAAAGUAACGGAUCUCUGCAGUGUUUGUGCAAUCCGGGUUACAAAUUGACCCCUGGAAGCAACACCACUGUGCAUCCUCUGCGACAACCGGAUUUUCCGAACAGAUGUGGACCCAGACGAGGUGGAUGUUCACAUCUUUGUCUACCUUGGCGUACGAGUUACAAGUGCGCAUGUCGAUAUGGCUAUGCUCUUCUGACUGAUAAGAAAACCUGUGAGAAAAUAUCGGACAAUUUCUUACUUGUGAGCGCAGAAAAAGCGAUUUACUUGUUGCCCCUCUCGUCCGGAGAGUUGAGCUACGCGUUGCCGGCAAGAGGUGUUAAUAAAACUAUAGCCUUGGAUUAUUAUCCUGCUGGGGAUUCAAUCGUUUGGUCGGAUUCCAUUUCCAAGAAGAUCAGUAUCAUCAUGCGGAAUGGAACUGAAACCAAAGAUAUUGUUCAGGAUAAUUUGGGUCUCGUAACGGGCGUGAGUUUUGAUUGGUUUACGGAGAAAAUUUACUGGAUCGACGCCGAAAGGAAAUUCAUCGAAGUCUGCGAGCUGGAUGGCGGGAAUCGCGGUCUGGUAAUCUGGGAAAAUCUUUCGUCUCCUGACGGAAGUGAACGUAGAGUCAUAAUGGGCAAUGAACCGUCGAGGAGACCAUUUGCUGUUGAAUUGCUGAAUGGGAGAAUGUAUUGGAGUGACGCGAAUGACGGGCUGUUGAGAAGUGCGGAUUUGAAGGACUUGACCGCUGGGCGAUUCGACAAGGCGGAGGUGAUGGAUUUCACUGCUGCGAAUGGAGAUGUUGGGGUGGCGCUGAGAGGAUUCAGUGUCAGUGGGAAUGAAAAGAGAACUACGAUAACGAAUCCAUGUCGAGUUGGCAAAACGAAAUGCUCCCAUCUGUGUCUAUUAGCAUCCUCUGGAAAUUCAAAGCAAGGCGACGGGAGGCAAUUGCGCCCAAAAUGCGGCUGUCCCACGGGUUGGAGCCUUGGCCCGGACGGAUUUACUUGUCAGGAUUGGCAACAAAGGGAUACCUUAAUCGUUGCUAACAGGACUGAUAUACGGCUGAUUCCCCGUGGAUUGCCGUAUCACACCGACAUCGUAUUGCCUAUACAUUGUACGAUGAAGAACGUCGUUGGAAUCGAUGUCGACGCAGCCACCGGUGAAAUUUACUGGACUGAUGCCGCGUUUAGACACAUCGGGAAAGCUGAUCCUAAAACCGGCAAAUGCCAGUUGCUCGUGUAUCGCGACUUGGGUGUCAUAGAAGAUGUUGCUGUGGAUUCUGUGGGGAGAAAGGCGGAAAAGACGCAAAUGGAAUCUGUGUGUGGGCUUGACGAAGGAGGCUGUUCGCAUUUGUGCCUUCGUACACCGGUGGCGAUUGGGGACGGAACCAAGCGAAAGGAUUUCGAAAAGCUGUUCACAUGUGCCUGUCCAACUGGAUUGCGUUUGAUGGAAGAUGCGAAAACUUGUGAGGAAAUUCCCAGAGAAUCUUUGAUUUUUGCAGCUCACACUUUGAUCGGGAAAAUCCCGCUGGGCGACAAAGGACUUUUUUGGCCAACUACUUUGCCAUUGAGCCAGCUCGGUAACGACCUGUACUGGACAGAAUGGGCUCGAAAGACUAUUGAAACUGCUCGGAAAAUCGACGGACGGAAUAGAAAAGUCGUGGCAGCUGGUUGGGGAGAUCUCAUGGAAAUUCGGGCUGUUGCAGAGUCACGCCAAGAUCCUUCAAUUUGGAAUCCUUGUGCUGUGGAUAACGGCAAAUGCUCUCACUUGUGUCUCUACCGUCCGCGAGCAUACACGUGCGGCUGUCCGGACCGACCCGUGCGUGGCGGUCGGGCGUGCUCGGAGCAGCCUUCCGAGCGAGUUAAACACGGGGAAGAACCUUGGUUCGACGCUGAGGACGCCAUUUACAAGCCGGAAACGGAAGAUAAUGCUACCUCCACCAUGUUGCCUGGAGAUGCUUCCCUACGACCGAGGGAAACUAGCGAAACAUCACGUUCGGAAAAGUGGCUUUUCUACGGAGGCCAGAUUUGCUUGGCGUCCUUAUUGGCCUGCCUUUGCGUCGUGGGCGUAGUUUGGCGGAAGAAGAAACACGAUGUCCCGGGGCCAUUGCGAGUAAGUGAAGACGGAACCAGUGGAUCUGCUCUGAAUCCAUCGAGAGCCUUUCUAUCUUUCUCGAACCCCACGUAUUCUUCUGCCCAGUUGGAAACAUCCACCGACUCACGGCAGUAUGUGUCGCGCUCGGUGCGCUUCUCGAAAAAUGACGAUCGCAUAGUGAGUGUGACUCUCCCUUGCGUCAACCCGAGCAUUUCCUCAUCAGGAGGCGGGACAGACGCCGAAGGCGCAAAUUUGCUGACGCCUGCCACCUGCGAAUGUUCAUCGCCGCCUUCGUCGUCCGGCUCGUCAGGAAAAAAUCAGAAAGUGGCGGCGCCCGGCUGUGGCGGGCUUCAUGUCCACGUUCGCCGUUUGCCUUGAAGAAGAAUACUGUAUAGGAAUUAAUGUACGUCGUUGUUUCUUUUUUAACAACUUUUAUUUUUUUUGCGUUUUUUGCGGUCCUAUUGUUUGUUGACGGAGGAAGUCCCGAGUUAGUUGACGGAGGAAGUCCCGAGUUAGUUGACGGAGGAAGUCCCGAGUCGGCUUUUUUCGAAGAUGUACCUUUGAAACCUCCCCGAAGAAACUUUUGAUCUCUCUUUUGAGCAGGAAAGUGAUGCAAUAUGAUUUGGUGAGCUCGGACUUGAGUUGGAUUCGUUGCCUUUGUACCUGCAAAAUUUGUAUUCCAAGAUUGACUUUGUCGCGAUAUAGAAGAACCGUUGACUUUUUUGAGCAGAAAAGCUAUGUGGUUGGACUUGGAAUUUUUGUUCAAUGCGUUACUUUUGUACCUGCAAAAUUUGAAUGCUCAUCCGUUGACUCUGCCACGAAUUUUUGCAUGAGUAUCUUGGAUUUCAAGACUGAAAUUUUUUCUAACUCUCGAGGGCAUUGCAGAGAAAUUUUCCUUGGUUGAGUGCCCGAGAAAAUAAUUGUCUCGUGGAUCCUAUCUCGAGUUUUACGUUGACUGAUCAAGCGAAAUUCAAUUCUGUGUUCCGUGAUGUGUUCAAACGCUGAUUUGGUCGAUUUCCGUGCUCAAGCGUUUGCAAGGAAUUCAUUCAAGAUUUAGGAAAAGUAUUCCGAAUCCAUGUCUCGUUGAUUCGUGAUUUUUCCGAACCGUCUGCCGAAUGGUGUUACGCCACCUUACCAAAUCAGGUGUAUUUGUAAUCAUCAUACUCGAAAUCUGGAAAUUGAGCUCAAAUUACCACAGUAUUUUGUUGAUUAGUUAUACUGUACGCUACCGGAUUUAGUUUUCUCGGUUUUGUCCGUCCUAAUCUGAGGAAGGAAAGUAAUUCGACUCGAGAGAAGAGCUUUAUACAGUAAUUGUUAGUAGCUCGACUGAGGAACUUGUAAUAAGGCCAAGAGAGCGGCAGAUUCGAACUGUUGUUUGCUUCAAUGUCGUGAGUAAAUAUUUGUCUCGAUCUCAAUGGCGAUGCUUUCCACAUGCUCAAAAAAAAGCCAACUUCCCGAGAGCUGUGCAACGCCGUAUUUUUUUGGAAUGGUCGAGCGGAGAGAAAGUUUACGAUGGUCGGACUGACGGAGAGGAAGCCGACGUUAAUGGCGUCUUUUUGCUGUGAACACGCCUCAUAUGAGAAUUUUAUUCUUAUUUUAUUGUUUUUGCUUUGAGGAUUCUAGUUGUGGUUCUUUUCGAAGUAAAUGGGCCGAUUUAUUUUUUCUGCCAUUCUGCGUAAGAAUUUUUUUUUUGCUAGACUUCCCUUUAUGCCUGACUUUUUUUUUUACUUUCUCUUUAUUGGAAGUCUAACCCAAUUUUGAAGGCAAAGGGUAAUUUCAACCUGAUUUAACAAGAACUUGGGUAAUCGAAAUAUUUGUGACAAUUCAAUCCGUCAACCAAAUGAAAUUUCAUUAUAAGAGUCAUGAAAAGACAAAAUGGCGACGUGACUUGUACUUCGAGACAAUUUUUAAAGAAUAACUAACAAAUUAGUGUAAUUUUCAGAGAGCAUGAGGGUUAUUGAUUUUGUAAACGCCUCUUGAUCCAAAAGAUAACAUCUUUUCAGGAUUGUUUCACAUUCUUGAUUAAAUUUGACUGCAGUUUUAAAAAGAUGCUACUCUGAAGUUUGAUAUACACCUUGUGGAGGAGCAACCAACUAAUGUUAGUAGAAUCAAAAAUCAGUCUUCAACCAAACAUCCGGUUUUCAACUUGGAUUUUGUCCGUUCCGAGAAAACGUGGACGUAGGAUACAACUUAAAACAGCAAGGUGCCAACAUAAGUUGGCAUCAUGAUUCUUUCUUUACAGUGAAGGUCAAUUUUCUAGAAGAAGAAUAAGUAUUUUUCUAGGGUCCACUUCGACCUUUUUUCGCCCACGAACCGCCGGGGAAGAAAAUUUCAGCCCAUUUACUUCGACGAGAAAUUGAGACUUUUUGAAUGUUGUCGAGUAUAUGGCAGUUGGAGACAAAGAAAGCUGUGUAACUUUUCCUUUGGGUGUUGAGCUGUGAACCGGAGAGCUUCGUGCUUUUGACAAUGAUAGUUACCGAGACUUUUUUCUCGCUAUUAUUUGGUCGCUGUGUUGGUAAUCCGACGUAUGAUUAUCAUUAAUUUGUGCUCUGUUGUGUCGCAAAUCCUCGUGCUUAUUUUUCUGUAUUAUUCUAGCCGUAAUUUCGAAAGAAAAAUCUUUCGAAGAGCUCGACUGCUAGCUUAGGCCAGUGGCAUUUUGAGAAAUCGAAAGAACAGGGAAAUGCUUGCGUUUAUUUGUUGUCCGAAUAACUGUCCGUUUUCAAGUCUAUUUUCUCUUAUUGAGGUAUUAAGCUAGUCGGGAGUCAAUUACUGGAGGAAUUAGACAUUUUUGGAGUGACGGUGAGUCAAUAGUCGUUGACUUGUAGAUUCUCGCUGAAGAUAGCCCAAAUAUUGCUACAGUAGGCGCAACUUAAUUUUUGGAGAUUGAAAUUUCCUCGCCAGUCAUUCCGCAUGCGCGAAGGAUUUCUUACAGUUCGUUGGCUGCUAUGAGUGCCAAAAAAUAUUCAGGAAAGAAAACUCGCUCCGUUUGAGCUUCCUUGCGUUUAAUUCCUAGUAAAAGAAUUGGCGAUCUGCGUCGAGCGGAAGAAAACUUUGCUAGCGUGCGUGUCUUUCAAUGAAAACUUCGAGGAGGGAUAUUGCGAAAAAUUGGCCAGGAGUUCGUUGUAAAGCAGGCUGAACUGAAUAGUUGAACUAUUAUUGCCAUUUUGGGGACAGCACGGUUCAAAUCACUUUCCGUUCCUCGAGUUCUACGAAAAUUUCGCAGUUAAUUCAAUGGUUCCAGUAGGAACGUUGAACUGUUUUUUUUUUAAUAAUAGGCAGUGUUCCAAAUUCUUGACCGAGGCUGUCCCUGAAAUUUGAAAGAAAAAGUAUUGGCAUAGUUUCGAGAGGGAGGAAACGAAGCAUUUGGGAGACAAUUUUAGAGAAACGGAUCUCGUCCCAGGUCAGAGAAACGUGAAUAUUUUUUCGUUCGCCAAGAUUUCGUCAUGUACAGAUCUUCUUCUGUCUAGUUGUUGAGAAAACUUCCGGUGUUCAAAGAAGGGGAUUUACGCUAGUCUACGCGGAAUGUAUUAAUUAUUAAAUACUAAGUGUGGUGCUUUGUUCUCAAGGGGACUGCAACGUUUGAUCUCUUUUGUUGGCUUCUUUGGGGGAGGGAGAAAGAAUUUAUGGUUUCGGUGUUCGUGGCGUUUAGAAUAUCGGGUGUUUUGAGCACGGACUCGUUUUAUUCGCACAGGAAACAAAAUGCUUUCGAGCUGCUUGGUGCUUUGUUUUCUUGGUCAAUGUUAGCUUCCUGAGAUGAGAAAUACAUUCGAUGGUUUGUGCUAAAGAAAAA